AUGGAAAGUACGGAGGAUCUAUUCGAGGGGGACAUGAAACUCUCACAUAAUCAAAGGGCCGCCAUCGAUGGACAAGCCGGGAGAGGAUCCAUCACAACUAGAAAAUGGACUGGUAGUGCGCUGCCGUACGUGAUUCACUCAUCGCUGUCGGGAGCGGAAUCGGUGAUCCAAGCUGCAUUUAAUGAAUGGGAGCAGAAGACGUGCAUUCGUUUUAGAAAGAGAACAACUGAAAGAAACUAUGUUGAGUUCUUUAAAGGAUCAGGUUGCUGGUCAUACGUUGGAAUGUAUGGUGGAAGACAGCAGAUCUCACUCGGACAGGGAUGUUGGUAUAAAGGAACCACUGCACACGAGAUUGGGCACGCCCUGGGCUUCUACCAUGAACAGUCCAGACCCGACCGUGACCUUUACGUGAAAAUCAUGCUGGAGAAUAUCUACGACGGGAUGGCAUACAACUUCAAUAAGCACAUGUCAAUUGAUUCACUCGGAACUCCUUACGACUAUGGAUCCAUCAUGCAUUAUGGGGCGCGCUAUUUUUCAAAGAAUGGACAACCAACUAUUGUUCCUUUAAGAACCGGGGUUACCAUCGGAAACAGAAAAGGGUUAAGCGAUAUUGACGCUUUACAGAUGCGUAAACUGUACAGCUGUCCAGAUACAACUGAUGGACCACAAACAGUAUUACCUCCAGCAACAAACAUUCCACCUCCUCAGACAACACAGCCCCCUGGUAAGAAUAAGACACAGUUGGCACAUCCGUCUGACUUUUAA